GAUGAUAAUUCUGUAAAAGAAGCUGUCGAAAGGCGGAAAGAGCUCUUAGACUCGAUUACGAGCUUCCAAACACUUUCUGGUGUUGGGUACAUAGGAACCAACUCAUACAAGUUUUAUACACUGAAAUAUUCGUAUAGACCAAUAAAAGCACAACAGUUUGCGGAGAAAAAUGGCUGGAAAACGUCGGAGGAUAUCAUCAAGGACAAGGCUUUCAAGAAACUAUCAAAGCGCAUUCAAACUGCUCUUCAAUUUUCCUCAAAAACUCUCGAUCAAGUAUCUCAUGAGGAUGUCGAGAAGGUUAUCACGUCCAUUGCCAGUAUUUUGAAGGAUUUUGAAGUUUAUGGCACCGGUAGUUUGUACGAUUACCUCUGUCCGAAAUGGGCAAAGCUAACGAGACGUUUGAUAGUCGAAGAGGUUCACCUUACUCAUCAGAGAUCGAGAUAUUACUGUUUCACUCCAGGUUCAAAACAGCACUCUCUCCAGAGCAACGUAUACACUCUAAAAGGACACGGAGUCUUGUAG